GUGCGCUAGUAUUUCACGAAACGAUUUCAUAGCAUUCAUGGUUUGUGAAUGUAAAUUUUUCAAGGUUAUUUUAUCGAACAAUUCUUAUAUCAGCUGAUUUGUACGUAGCCAAUGAUGUAACGUCAAAUUCCAGGAACAAGAAUGAAAAUUAUAAAUAUAAUAAAAUCGUAAAUACCGAACUUUUUAAUUGAUCUUUUGUUUCAAAUUAUAAUUAUAUAAAUACCCCAAAAAUGUUUCUCAGAAGCUUUUUUAAAAGAAAACCCAAAACAAUACCACGUAAAUUUAUAAAUAAUUCUUUUGGAAGUUACGAGGUUAUUGUACCAUGGGAAGUUUCUGAAAUUAGAGAAGUACCACCGUAUAUCCCUAAACCUUCUUACAGUCAAUCUUCAAUACCUCGUGAUGGUCCAAAGAAACCCGAAAUUAAAGAUAAAAAUCAAAUACAAAGUAUGAGAGACAGUUGUAGCUUUGCUAAAAAAGUAUUAACUCAUAUUAAACAAUACAUAAAGCCUGGUAUAACUACAGAUGAAUUAGAUGCAAUAGUCCAUGAAAUGAUUAUAAGCAAUGGAGCUUAUCCUAGUCCGCUUAAUUAUAAAGGAUUUCCAAAGUCAAUAUGCACUAGUAUUAAUAAUGUUGCUUGCCAUGGAAUUCCAGAUAAAAGGCCAUUAGCAAAAGGAGAUAUGUUAAAUGUUGAUGUAACAGUAUAUUUACAUGGUUAUCAUGGAGAUUGUUCAAAAAUGUUUGAAGUGGAAGAAUGUGAUGAUGAAGCUAAACGUUUAAUAAGUGUAACAGAAUUGUGCUUAAAAAAUGCUAUUGAUAUUUGUAAACCUAAUGAAAAUUUCAAUAGUAUAGGGAAUGUUAUAGAAGAAACAGCAGCUAAACAAGGAUAUUCUAUAGUGCCAGUAUUCGCAGGACAUGGCAUAGGUACUUAUUUUCAUGGACCACCAGAUAUUUUUCAUUUUGCAAAUGAUUUUGAUGGAAAGAUGUUGCCUGGGAUGACAUUUACUAUUGAACCAGUUGUAAGUCAAGGUAGUAAGGAAGUUAAAAUUCUAGAAGAUGGAUGGACAGCUGUUACAAUAGAUAAUGCACGAACUGCACAAUGUGAACAUACCAUUUUGAUUACUGAUACUGGCUGUGAUGUAUUGACUCAUUAAUCUUGGAAAUUUACUUUUUAUUACCUUAAAUACAUCUUGUAAUAAAAGGUGAUACAAUGAAAGUUUGUUUAAUAGAAUUAUAUCGUAAAUACAUUUUAUUAAGAAAAAUUUAUUUAUAUUUAUCUUUACAUAAUAGCAGGUCCCCAGUAACUAUCUAAAGUUAAUGGUCCUUGUAUUUCAACACCUCCCUCUCUUGUGAUUAUUCCAAGUUGAUACUAAAAAUUGAGAAAUAUAAACAUUUCCUAUAGUGUAACAUAAGUAUAAAAUAGUAUAAAUAUAAGGUUCUGAUAUAAUUAUAUAACUUACUUUCGGGAAAGAUCGUGCAUCUCUAUAAAAAAGAACUUGCAUCACUUUGUAUAGAAGCUCAACUGCUUGUUCUUUAGUCAUUUCUUUAUUUUCUUCAUAAGCUUUUCUUAAGAUAGGUGUUGCCAUAUAUGCACCAUAUCCAGUUGCUAUUACUGGGUCACUAUAACCUGUGCCUAGUUUAUC